UCUUUCAUUUUUCCUUUUCUUUUUCCCAUAUAUAUAUAUAUAUAUAUGUGUACUACAUAUCCCACAAUUCCAAGCAGACUACAAUACCCAUGCAAGUGCACUACAUUACCCAUACACCUCCUGGUCAAGGUCUAUAAAUAGACCUCACUUCCUUCCUUUGUUUCUCUUCCUUUGGUGAGGGUGUGGGUGUUUGAAUGGACACCCAACCAUGUCCUUUGAGUCCUUUCCUUAGGAUGCGUUAAUGACUUAAGACCAUCUUGUACAUCUUGUACACGUUGUCCAUCCAGUUCAUCCUGUCCAUCUAAUAACAUCUGUCCAUCUCCAUGCUAUGGGAAUUGUCUAUGAAUAAUCAUCUUGAACUUAAAAAUAAAAGAGAGCAAAGGACUGGUAUCUGUCCCGUGUUUUAAUCAGACACGCCAUCAAGUUUCUACACCUCUGAUGAACUUUGGAUAUAUUAACAUCUGAUAUCCUACAAAUGGUCCUUCGAGCCGGAGAGUAGAAAUUUGGUGGAAUGGAUUACCGCUCAAGACCUGCAAUCCGGCGCAGCCUAAGAAGGAGAAGACCUCCUGCCCGUUUUGCUGACUGUAUGGUGAGAGAAUGUGCUGCUCCCCCUCCUCCUUCCUCACCAACACUAGCUGUUAGUGAUCCUCACCAAACCCAGUAUGGAAAUCCAUCUUCAAGACCUGGCCCAUGUUUAGCUGCUCACCAACCGUCUCAACAUGAUUUAGUCGAUAUGGAUGUUAAACAAGAAAUACUUGGACUUAAGGGUAUGCUUGGUGAGAUGAUGUCUAAAAUGUCACAGUUAGUAGUUUCCUCUAAACAUUCUGAAUUUUCUGAGUCUUUUGAUGAUGCUUCUGAUGAUGAUAAUGCAUUUGCUACUACAUCUAUUGUUCAGGAGUUGUCUGCAUGUAUAAAGAAUGCUGAACAGAAACGUACAUGUGAGAAAUGUAAUUCCUCAACUGUUCCUUCACCGCCUCCAUUGAGUAUGCCUAGUUCUCUGCCUCUCCCCCCUUCCUCAUUGUUACGUAGUCCACCCCAACAUAUGCACACACAUGAUAGAACUUCACAAUUACAAUCAAGUAAUAUGUUACAACCUUCUAUUGUUCCACUGGUUCCUGAGCCUCCUAAUUGUCAUUCCCUUCAAGUGCAAACAUCGCCAGUAUUGGUACGACCAAUUGGUUCACCACAGCCAGGUAUAUCAUGUAGUCCCUUUUUCCCUUCCAUGGCUCAUACUCAGUUAUCCUCACAAGUAACAUCAGCACAGUUACCUCCUCAGCCGCUGUAUGCUGUUUCGCAGUAUUCACAGCCAUUAGGACCAUCUUCUAGCUUGGCGAUUCCUCAUGUAUCCUCCGCUAAUGUAAGUCCUCAUAUUCAACCACAGUCUGUAGGUCAGGUAGGGAAUCUUGUUUCACACAAUCCUGCUUCCUAUAUUCAAUCAAUUGCUCCCACUACCCAGAUGAGCACAAUUCCAUUCCUUCAUCCGUAUCCAUAUUCUCAGCCAUAUGCUUCAUAUCCUGUUCCUUCCUAUCCUUCUCGUGUUCAGGGACCUUCCUUUCCUUUCUUAGUGAAUGACGACCCCCAAGAAUUUGCAAUGUUGCAGUUAGCCUUGACAAAUUUGUCACCCCAUGAGCCAGAACAUUACAAAUUCCAUAUCUUGCUGGAUCAUUUAAGAUUUUCUCAAGCUCGUGAUCUAGCUUUAGCUUAUGCUAAUGAUCCUAGGCCUUACAGCAUGGCUCUUUUUGCACUACAGCAGAAAUAUGGGCAACCUCACCAACUAGUUUUGAGAGAAAUCAAAGCUAUUCUAGCUCUCCCCAGGCAACUACUCGGUAAACUGCCCACAGAGCAUGUGACCAACUUUGCCCGUUAUGCCCGUACUAUCCUAAAGGGUCAAAGCUACAACCUGAUUACCUUUUCUGCCUGGCUCCAAGAAGAGGCUGAGUGUCAAGCAAUAGCAGAUCAGGCUAGUGACUUUUCAAAACCACUCCUGAGUAAACCUCAACCAAAGACCUAUGUUAACACACGAACAGUCUUGUACGGAGUCAACGUCAACUCCUUCCUGGUCCACAAUUGGGCCCUUCCUUACUUGGGGUCUUACUCCGGUUUCGUCAGUGCCCAGUGGCAAUUAGUGGGGUACAUCAAAUCUAUGUUCCACCAAGUUAGGCUACUACCAGAAGACCGUUCUCUUCUACGCUUCCUGUGGCGCAACAUGCAGAGGUCAAACCCACCUGACAUCUACGAAUGGCAAGUUUUCCCUUUGGCACAGUAUGUAGUCCAUGUUGCGCAAUAUAUGCUUUACAAAGGCAUGUCCAUGAUCACAAAGAAGGAUAUGAAGAUGUAG